GUUUAAUAUUUUCCAAUAUGGCCGUUCUUGGCUUCGCUUCUGAGUACGAAAACAAAAGUUUUUAUGACAUUUUAAAUCCUUCCUCUGCAUCUUGUAUCGAUUUUGAGAGCGAGGGCGUUUUCACAUUUCCUCCUGUAUCGAAUCCUACAGAAUUUUUAAAUCAAUACACCAACGGGGAAGGCAACAUAAAGAUUAAUUUUGCUCAUGGAACAACUACGCUAGCUUUCAAAUUUCAACAUGGAGUUAUCGUUGCUGUCGAUUCUAGAGCCACUGCUGGGUCUUAUAUAGCUUCUCAGACUGUGAAAAAGGUCAUCGAGAUCAAUCCCUACCUGUUGGGAACAAUGGCAGGUGGAGCUGCCGAUUGCUCAUAUUGGGAACGGUAUCUCGCCAAGCAAUGCAGGAUAUAUGAACUUCGAAACAAGGAGAGAAUCUCUGUUGCGGCAGCAUCCAAGUUGUUAGCUAAUAUGGUUUAUUAUUACAAGGGCAUGGGACUAUCUAUGGGAACAAUGAUUUGUGGCUGGGAUAAGCGGGGUCCCGGACUUUACUACGUUGACAGCGAUGGAAGUCGGUUAUCCAACAACAUAUUCUCGGUAGGAUCCGGCUCUACCUUUGCCUAUGGCGUACUUGACAGUGGAUAUCGCCAUGAUCUUUCGGUAGAAGAGGCCUAUGAUCUAGGCGAGAGGGCUAUUUAUCAUGCCACACAUAGGGAUGCAUACAGUGGUGGUGUUGUAAACAUGUACCAUAUGAAGGAGACAGGUUGGAUCAAAGUGUCUCAGAAUGAUGUUGGAAAACUGCAUUACAAGUAUCAAGAUGAGAAAAAGAGAUAAGAACUUUUUUGAGAACUUCAUUUUUGUAUUGUUCUUCCCUAGAGGUUUGUGUCACAAUAGUAAUUAAUUAUAUUAGCAAUAAAACUUCCA